CCAUCCUUCGUUUUACCGCCACCCUACACAAGAUGUCGGGCGUUCAAGAUGUGUACAUUCUCUCUGCUGCCCGUACGCCGGUAGGCUCCUUUAAUGGCUCUCUCAAGAAGGUCACUGCACCUCAGCUGGGUGCCACGGCUCUCAAGGCUGCGCUGGAGCGCGCCCAGGUCAAGCCAGAGCAGCUUCAGGAGGCCUACUUCGGUAACGUUCUCCAGGGAAAUGUCGGACAGGCUCCUGCCAGGCAGGUCGUAAUUGGAGCCGGAUGCCCACCCGAGACCGAGGCUACCACGAUCAACAAGGUCUGCGCCAGUGGAAUGAAGGCCAUCAUGCUUGCCUCUCAGAGCAUUGCUCUGGGCCAGAGGAAGAUCAUGGCUGCCGGAGGAAUGGAGAGCAUGAGCAACUCGCCCUUCUACUUCCCUCGUGGAGCAGCCUUUGGUCAUCAGCAGGUCGCUGAUGCCAUUGUCAAGGAUGGUCUCUCUGAUGUCUACAAUGGUGUACACAUGGGCAAUUGCGCUGAGAAGACGGCCAAGGACCACUCUCUGACGCGUGAGGCUCAGGAUGCCUAUGCCAUCGAGUCGUACAAGCGCGCCGCCGAUGCUUGGAAGGCCGGCGUCUUCUCCAAUGAAAUUGCCCCAGUGACCAUCUCGGACAAGAAGGGCGACAUCAUCAUUGCCGAAGACGAGGAGUACAAAAAGAUCCAGCUGGAGAAGAUUCCCACCCUGCGCCCCGUCUUCCAGCCCAAGGAUGGAACUGUCACUGCUGCUAACGCCUCAACGCUCAACGACGGAGCCUCUGCUGUGAUCCUGUCCACCAAGGCUGGAGCCGAGGAGCUGGGUGUGAAGCCCCUGGCUAAGAUCAUUGCCUUUGCCGAUGCUGCCGUUGCCCCCAUUGACUUCCCCGUCGCCCCCGCCAAGGCCAUCCCAAUUGCCCUUGAGCGAGCUGGUAUCACAAAGGACCAGGUGGCUCUGUGGGAGAUCAACGAGGCCUUCUCUGCCGUCGCCCUGGCCAACAACAAGAUUCUGGGACUGGACGCCAGCAAGGUCAACAAGUUCGGUGGAGGUGUGUCCCUGGGCCACCCGAUUGGUAGCUCUGGCUCGAGGAUCGUGGUCAGUCUGGUGCACGCCCUCAAGGCGGGCGAGUACGGCGUUGCUGGUGUGUGCAAUGGAGGAGGUGGAGCUUCGGCCAUUGUUGUGCAACGACUGGAGUGACUAGCUUCGGAUGCCGAUGAGAGAGCGACGAAGAGGGAAGAGGAGCAAAAGG